AUGAUGGAGCUGUUGCAGCUUUCUGAGAAAAAAAAAAUCUGGGAAACUCGGAUGAAGAGAGCAAGGGAUGAUAUUUACUCGGCAUCUGCCUCUCAAUUCAAACGCCCUUUUUCUUCGUCGCGUGCUGAUUCCUAUGGACAAAACCAAGUCCCUGGAAGUGGAGGCGGAGGGGGAGGAGGAGGCGGAGGGGGAGGUGGCAAUGGCGGUGUUGUUGGUGGGGGAGCAGCUACUUCCCAGAAACUGACCACCAAUGAUGCCUUAUCCUAUUUGAAGGAAGUCAAAGACAUGUUUCAGGACCAAAGAGAGAAAUAUGACAUGUUCCUUGAGGUCAUGAAAGAUUUCAAGGCUCAAAGGACUGACACUGCUGGUGUCAUAGCAAGGGUGAAGGAGUUGUUCAAAGGGCACAACAAUUUGAUUUUUGGAUUUAACACAUUCUUGCCAAAAGGUUAUGAGAUAACACUUGAUGAGGAUGAGGCUCCUCCAAAGAAAACAGUUGAAUUUGAAGAAGCAAUCAGUUUUGUGAACAAGAUAAAGAAGCGCUUCCAAAGUGAUGAGCAUGUUUAUAAAUCAUUCUUGGACAUUUUAAACAUGUAUCGCAAAGAGCACAAGGACAUUGGCGAAGUUUAUAGUGAGGUUGCUACCCUUUUCAAGGACCAUCGAGAUUUGCUGGAGGAGUUCACUAGAUUCUUACCAGAUACUUCUGCUGCACCUUCCUCACAGCAUGCUCCAUAUAACCGGAAUUCAGUGCAGCGCUUUAAUGAGCGUAGUUCUAUGGCUCCAAUGAUGCGCCAAAUACCACCAGACAAGGCACAACGAUAUCGACGAGACAGACUUCCUUCUCAUGAUCGGGAUAUGAGCGCUGAACACCCUGACAUGGAUGAUGACAAAACAAUGUUGAACAUACACAAGGAGCAGAGGAAGCGUGAAAUAAGAGAUAGGAGAAUGCGUGAUCAGGAUGAGAGAGAACAUGAUCUUGAUAACAGCAGGGAUUUGAACUUGCAACGCUUUCCUGACAAAAAGAAAUCUGUCAAGAAGGCUGAAGGUUUUGGAAUGGCUUCCGACUUUCCUUCUUAUGAUGACAAAGAUACCUUGAAGAGCAUGUAUAGUCAAGCAUUCAGUUUCUGUGAGAAAGUUAAGGAGAAGUUGAGCAGUUCUGAUGAUUACCAAACAUUCUUGAAGUGCCUUCAUAUUUUCAGCAGUGGAAUAAUUAAAAGGAAUGAUUUGCAAAAUUUGGUAACUGAUUUACUUGGAAAGCAUUCAGAUCUUAUGGACGAAUUCAAUGAUUUCUUGGAGCGUUGUGAAAAUAUUGAUGGAUUCCUUGCUGGGGUCAUGAGUAAAAAGUCCCUAUCUACAGAUGCUCAUUUAGCAAGGUCAUCAAAGUUGGAGGACAAAGACAGAGAGCACAAGCGUGAUAUGGAUGGAGCUAAAGAGAAGGAAAGAUACAAGGAGAAAUACAUGGGAAAAUCCAUUCAAGAACUUGACCUUAGUGAUUGUAAACGCUGUACUCCCAGCUAUCGGCUUUUGCCUGCAGAUUAUCCAAUCCCUACAGCUAGUCAGAGAUCUGAGCUUGGUGCUCAAGUGUUGAAUGACCACUGGGUAUCUGUGACUUCUGGAAGUGAGGAUUAUUCUUUCAAACACAUGCGCAGAAAUCAGUAUGAAGAAAGCUUGUUCAGAUGUGAAGAUGACAGGUAUGAGCUGGACAUGUUAUUAGAGUCUGUGAGUUCAGCUGCUAAACGAGCAGAGGAAUUGUAUAAUAACAUCAGUGAAAACAAAAUCAGUGUGGAGACUCUGAACCGCAUUGAAGAGCACUUUACUGUUCUAAAUUUAAGGUGCAUUGAACGUCUGUAUGGUGAUCAUGGUCUUGACGUUAUAGACAUAUUGCGGAAAAACCCAACCCAUGCUCUGCCUGUAAUAUUGACCCGGCUGAAGCAGAAGCAAGAGGAGUGGAGUAGGUGUCGUUCAGAUUUCAAUAAAGUAUGGGCUGAAAUUUAUUCUAAAAAUCACUACAAGUCACUGGAUCAUCGUAGCUUCUAUUUCAAACAACAGGAUUCAAAGAACUUGAGCACAAAAUCUUUGGUUGCUGAAAUUAAAGAAAUUAAAGAAAAGCAGCAGAAAGAAGAUGAUAUUAUUCAGUCUAUUGCCGCUGGAAAUAAACAGCCUCUAAUUCCACAUCUGGAAUUUGAAUAUUCUGAUGUUGGGAUUCAUGAAGACCUGUAUAAACUUGUUCGUUAUUCAUGUGAGGAGUUAUUCUCAAGUAAAGAGUUGUUAAAUAAAAUUAUGAGGCUCUGGAGUACCUUUUUGGAGCCAAUGCUUGGUGCUCCUGCCCAGUCUCAUAGAAUAGAAAGAGCGGAGGAUAGAAAAACUGGGCAUAAUGUUCGUAAUUUUGGUGCACCAAAUAUAGGGGGUGACAGAAGCCCUCAUGGUGACUCUCUUUCAAUGAAUUCAAGGUUACCCAAAUCUGAUAAGAAUGAGGCUGAUGGUAGAGUAACUGAAGCAAAGAAUGUUCACCGCACAAGUGUAGCAACCAAUGAUAAAGAAAAUGGAUCUGUUGGUGGUGAACUUGUUUGUAGAGAUGACCCAUUAAUGGAUAAAGGACUAAAAAAUGUAGAAUGCAAUGAUAAAGCCUCCGGAUUUAGCAAACAAUUUGCAUCUGAUGAUCAAGGAGCUAAAAGCAGUGUAUCAAUUGCAAUUAGAGGAGAAAACAGCCUGAACAGAACCAACCUAGAUGUAUCACCAGCCCGUGCCCUGACUCCAUCACGACCUACUGAUGCUGAUGAUUCUGUAGCCAAGUCUCAGGUUGCUAAUGUACCAUCGGUGGAGGGAUGUGACAUGGCAACUUCAGUACCUGUGGCCAAUGGUGUUCUAAGUGAGAGCAGUAAAGUUAAAACUCAUGAUGAAUCUGCUGGGCCUUGCAAAAUUGAAAAGGAAGAGGGUGAAUUAUCACCAAAUGGGGACUCUGAGGAGGACAACUUUGUUGUCUAUGGAGAUUCAAAUUUGCAGUCAAUGGCUAAAUCAAAGCACAACUCUGAAAGAAGGAAAUAUCAGUCUAGAAAUGGAGAGGAUGAAUGUUGUCCUGAGGCUGGAGGUGACAAUGAUGCAGAUGCUGACGAUGAGGACAGUGAAAAUGUUUCUGAAGCUGGUGAAGAUGUCUCAGGUAGUGAAUCUGCUGGUGAUGAAUGCUUUCGGGAAGAUCAUGAAGAGGAGGAAGAUAUAGAACAAGAUGAUGUUGAUGGUAAGGCUGAGAGUGAAGGUGAAGCUGAGGGGAUCUGUGAUGCACAAGCUGGAGGAGAUGGCACAUCUUUACCAUUGUCAGAGAGGUUCCUUUCAUCUGUGAAACCUCUCACAAAGCAUGUAUCAUCAGUUUCAUUUGUUGAAGAAAUGAAGGACUCAAGGGUGUUUUAUGGAAAUGAUGACUUCUACGUGCUUUUUAGGCUUCAUCAAACUCUCUAUGAGAGGAUCUUAUCAGCAAAAACAAAUUCAAUGAGCGCAGAAAUGAAAUGGAAAGCAAAAGAUGCCAGUUUACCAGAUCCUUAUUCAAGAUUUAUGAAUGCAUUGUACAACUUGCUUGAUGGAUCUGCUGAAAAUGCAAAGUUUGAAGAUGAAUGCCGAGCAAUUAUUGGGAAUCAGUCAUAUGUGUUAUUCACCUUGGACAAGUUAAUAUACAAAUUGGUCAGACAGCUUCAAACUGUCGCAACUGAUGAGGUAGACAGUAGGCUUCUACAAUUAUAUGAAUAUGAAAAGUCUCGGAAGCCUGGGAAGUUAAAUGAUUCUGUAUAUCAUGCAAAUGCUCAUGUCAUCCUUCAUGAGGAUAAUAUUUAUCGGUUACAAUGUUCCUCUAGCCCCUCACGACUAUCCAUCCAGUUUAUGGACAAUAUGAAUGAAAAGCCUGAGUUGUUUGCCAUUUCUAUUGAUCCAAAUUUCUCCUUUUAUCUGCACAAUGAUUUUCUGUCUGUCUUUCCCGGCAAAAAGGAACCCCAUGGCAUCAUACUGCAUAGAAACAAACGCAAAUAUGGAAACUUAGAUGAGCUUUCUGCAAUAUGCUCUGCCAUGGAAGGUGUUAAAGUAAUUAAUGGAUUGGAAUGUAAGAUAGCUUGCAACUCAUCCAAGAUUUCUUAUGUUCUUGACACACAAGACUUCUUCUUCCGACCGAGAAAGAAGAGACGAACACCAUCAGGGGCCACAACCUCCCAGUUUCGUAGUAGGGAUAGAGAGGAAAGAUUCCGGAAAUUGUUGGCAUGCUCAUAG